AUGGAUUUACCAUUAUCAAGAAUAAUUUCCACGGUUGUGGCAAUCCUCUUUCUGGUUGCCGUCGCCUUCAAGACCUUUCUACCGGGAGACGACCCUUACCGCUGUCGCGCUGUCCAAAACACCGGUCGCUGGAUCGAUCUACCAGACGAACAAGGAAAUCGAUAUCCUUUCCAUCAAUGGCAGCCAGACGGAUGUAUCCUCCACCAAUAUGAUUCAACCGAUAUUCGUCAAUGCACCGAAGGCCGCCGUAUAGUCGUCGUGGGUGACUCAACCUCCCGACACGUUGCCUAUGCCUUCGGUCGUUUGAUCAACAGGAAACAACACGAACAUGACAAAAACCAAGCCUCUUUCCCUAAUUUACGAGAUAACGUCAAUUUGACGUACGAUGGCCAGAUGAUCCAGCGCCUGUCAAACGUUUGGGUCGGAAGUCACGGAAAUCCGCUCCAAGAAGAGGGAGGCUUUGUUCAAAACCUCGAUAUUUACGCCGAUGAGAAGAUGGACCCGCCAGCUAUCGAAGAUCAAGAAGGACCUGCUAUAAUCUACGUGGCUGCUGGUGUUUGGUACACCAAUCACAAGGGAAACACCACAAGACGUGUUCCAUGGCACACUCGUUUUCACAUAUACAAGAACCGCAUCAAUAAGCUGUCCAAGUUUAUCAACCACAAUACGCCACAUCGCGACCCAUUCACCGCCCCCAUGGACCCACGAGACGGCAUUGGCAACCAAAUCUUUUAUGGCCCUCCUUCCGGCCCUUGUUAUCAAGGCAACCACACGAGAGAUAUCAAAUCCAGUGCUAGGCGGACUUCAGAAGUCGCAGAUAUUCACAAUUGGCUACGCCACACAGAGCACAAAAGGAGGAUUCCUAUCCUAUGGUCUAUUGUCGGAGUUACCCUCAAUCAAAACAAAACAUGGAUUGACCCUCUGACGAAAGCAAUGCAUGUCAUCGAUCAGGUUUCCGAGGCUCGGGCCAACAUUGUCCUCAAUCUGAGAUGUAACGCCAAACUCGAUCGCAUCCAAGGAUAUCACCAUACUGGAACUUGCUGUACAGAUUAUGGCGUCAGUCAAUACCGCAUCAUUAUUGCUGUUGGUAUUGUGUAUCUGUCCGCAUGCGUCAUAUGCGAGAUCCUGCACCUGUUGUCUGUAAAGGAGGCUCCGUGGACCUUGCUCAACAUGCAAACAGGGUCCUUCGUUCUGGUUUUACUGAUGUGCUAUUUUUCAGAUCGCACACAGAUGAUGGCCAAGAGUAGCAAGCUUUGGGAGUUGAAUGGUUUUGCUAUCCUCUGUGCCGCCUGCUUGGUUUCUUUACUUGUCACAAUUCGGCGGACGCGACCAAGGUGCCCAGAGCACCUACCUUUAACAGAAGACGAGACAUCUGGAAUGUUACUUCCAGAGAACUGCGCUCCAGAGUUAGAAACGUCUCCAACAGCAGGCGGAGCAUCUGAAACGCUACUUCCAGAGAAAUUCCCUUCAGGGGAAGAAAACAGCCACCAGCAAGACGAACCAUUUCUUUCUCGCAAACAGACCGAAGAAUGGAAGGGAUGGAUGCAGUGCUUCGUUCUCAUCUACCAGUGGACCGGAGCUGAACAAGGACCUACUUCCAUUUAUAUCCUCUUCCGUCUAUGUAUAGCUGCCUACAUAUUCCAGACUGGUUAUGGCCAUACUUGCUAUUUCAUCAGUACCGGCGACUUCUCAUUCAAGCGUGUGGCAUCUACUCUACUACGAUUGAAUACCCUGAGCUGCGCUCUGACGUAUUUGAUGAAGACGGAUUACAUGUUCUAUUACUCAGCACCACUUGCCUCAUUCUGGUUCCUUGUCAUCUAUGCGACUCUGGCGAUUGGAAAAGAGUACAACAACGACUCACAGGUUCUGGCAGCCAAAGUGUGUGUCUCUAGUGUUCUCGUUUCUGUGAUGUUUGCAACUCCACUUACCAGGUGGAUGCUCGAGCUAUUUAAGAUCGUUUUCAACAUCCAGUGGAGCGCUGAUCAGUGGAUAUACUACGCCACGCUUGAUAUGUACGUUGUCUACAUCGGUAUGGUUACUGCUAUCGUCAAUCAAAGGAUGGCCAACACUCAGAUCAUCUUGAGUCUGCGGUUGAUCCUUGUUUUAGCUGGUCUGUUCGCUACAUAUUGCUAUUUCAGUAAGGCUUCAACAUUGAGUGUCAGUUCGUAUGACUCUCUACACCCUUACAUCUCCUGCAUCCCCAUCUUGGUGUACGUUACAUUACGCAACAUCUCGACGUGUACUCGGAACUGCCACUCCAAGGCAAUGGCUUGGUUAGGUUGCCACUCGUUAGAGAUAUCUAUCCUCCAGUGCCAUAUCCUACUUGCAGCUGACCGAGAAGGUGUGCUUUCUAUUGAUGGUCUUUUUGGCGAUGGCACAGUUUUGGGCGAUCGAUGGAGAACUCUGCUCAUUGUAGUGCCAAGCUUUCUUUGGGUAUGCUACGCUACAAGGUCUGCGACAUUUUAUAUCAUUGGAUUGAUGUUGAAGGAAGCAUCGGAGGAGGAUGAACUCGAUGAACCUGCUUUUGCGUAUCUCAAGAAGCUCGGAAUUUCCCGCAUAUCUUAUCCGGGGCUUCGGCUGGCCUUAAUUGUGCUAACAAUGUGGCUGGUCAAUCUGCUCAGUCCUAUGAAGGAGAACAUGUCUCUUCCGUCUGGUACGCAUGAUAUUAGCGUAUUGCCUAUGCCAGAAUACGCACUAGAUCAUCCGUUCUAG